GGAGUUCUACGAGCAGCGCCUUUCCGACUUUUCCUGAGCGUUUCCGGAGAUUGCCGAGCGUUUGUUCCUAGCGUUUCCGGAGAUUACCGAGCGCGUGUGCCGAGCGUUUCCGAACCUGCGCAGUAGCGGCAGCACAGCUAGUGCUGGGGCGGCCGGGCGGAGAGCUGCGAGUGUUUCCGCUGCCGGGCGCCGGGGAGAGGCAGAGGCAGUAGCAGCCUGAGAGCGGAACAGCCGGUGGUGGUCUAGUGCUAGCAGCGUCUCCCGGGUCCCCGGCUGCGGCCUGGCCUGUACGUGAGAGGGAGGAAGGGACGGAGGGAGGCCGGGAGCUGCCCCCGGUGUGGGAUACAGGGAGAGCCGGAGGAGGGCUGAGGGCGGCCCGCGGGGGGAUCCAGCAACGAUGAUCAAACUCUUCUCCCUGAAGCAGCAGAAGAAGGAGGAGGAGUCCGCCGGCGGCGGCGGCACUAAGGGCAGCAGCAAGAAGGCGUCCGCGGCGCAGCUGCGCAUCCAGAAAGAUAUUAAUGAACUGAAUUUGCCGAAAACAUGUGAAAUAGAGUUUUCAGACCAUGACGACCUUCUUAAUUUCAAACUAGUCAUCUGCCCCGAUGAGGGCUUUUACAAGGGUGGAAAAUUUGUCUUCAGCUUCAAGGUGGGACAAGGCUACCCUCACGAUCCGCCAAAAGUGAAGUGUGAGACUAUGGUAUAUCAUCCAAAUAUAGACCUAGAGGGUAAUGUCUGCCUAAAUAUUUUAAGGGAGGACUGGAAGCCUGUACUCACAAUAAACUCUAUAAUAUAUGGCCUGCAGUAUCUUUUCUUGGAGCCAAACCCGGAAGACCCCUUAAAUAAAGAAGCCGCUGAAGUACUCCAGAACAACAGACGCCUGUUUGAACAGAACGUACAGCGGUCCAUGCGGGGCGGUUACAUAGGAUCCACCUACUUUGAACGCUGCCUGAAAUAGAACUACGCAGCUUUGAGUGCAAAACCCGCCAUCCAACCGACCCACCUUUCUACCCUCAUCCUUCCAUGCCCCCCUCUUGUUACUCAUUUAUUGCGUCUUUAUCCAGCUGACCCCUCCUUACAUCUACCCGCACAAAAUCUGGGCUGAAGUCACCAUGUGGAAUGACCUAUACAAGGUCCUGCAUCUCUUGGUCUGGCUGCUAUCCCUUUGUAUUGGGAGAGAGCUCUGUGUGCACAUGUAACAGUACUUGUCGUUCCACCACCUGGCUCGUCAGUACCUACUUGGCUAAUGAAGCAUCCAUUUAUACUUAGGUUAAUAAAUAUUUCGCGUCCUUUAUUUUCUCACAUCUUGGUUUUUUUUUGUUUUUUACGUUCCUUUUUUUUCUGAACUCUGAUAUAGUUUGUACUUUAAUUUAAUUUUUUUGUAUUAUAUCUAAUUUGACCCAAACACCAUCAGUAAUCUCAAUUUUUUUUUUUUUUUUUUUGGUGGCCUUAAAGAUUUAUUUUGUAGCUUUUUUUUUGUAACUGUUUUUUUGUUUGCUUUCCACUACACCUUGUUGCUGAAUUACAUCAUUUUAUUAAAGGACAAAAAGAACACAUUUAGUACCGUUGAACACAUUUUUAAAAUCUUUUUUUGCUUCUGUUAAUGUGUCCAUUUCCAUGGUAAUUGACUUUAUUUCUAGUUAUGUGAUUAGAACUGGUGCACACAUCUGAUUCUCUUCUGAGGAAUCUUUUAAGUUGCGCUCUGUUGCUUGGGAACAUUCCCAGGCAGCACAAUUACGUAUAGACCCCAAAACUGUUUGCUUGAGGCCGCCUUACAGGGGGGUCAGGUGACGUAAACCUCCACAAGCUCAGCUGAGUCAAAUGUUUGUUAAUGGGAUCGAGAGGUACAGUGUGAAUUAGAUUGUCCAUCGUAUGUCUCCAGUGUAUUUACCCUGUCAUUACUCCACUUUACACCUUCCCCCCUCCUAUUGUGUGGGAUCAAGGCUUUUUUAAGUGCACGUAUUUAUUAAUGAAUGGCUUCGUCUGGUUUAAUACACAAGCUGAAACGACAGCUAUGUGCUGGACAAAUAACAGGCUCUUCAAACCUGACUUGCAUUUCAACGUUCCAUGGGAGGAUGCUUACGGUGGUCCUGGGUGGCGAUGGGCUCUGUACUCAUCGGGGGUUAAAUGGACCCUAUCCGUUUAAACAGGUUUUAAGGCCGAUAUCACGCUGGCCCUUCUUUGUGACAUCCAUAUUGUCCUGUGCCCUGAUAUGUACUAUUGUGUGCUGGGGGCAGAGGCACCUUUUCAGUUUUUGGAAUCUCAUUCACAAAACGUGGUACCUUUUUUUUUUUUGUUCAUGUAAAAUGGCGAUUACUGUGCAGUAAUGGAAGACCUAGGUCUUGUGAAUGAGACUGUUUAGAGUCCACUUAUUGACGUGUAUGGUUUUAAAUAAUAAAACGAAAAGACAAAAAAUAAAUAAAAUGUAAACCUGA